GUGAAAGGGGACGAUCCAAGGAGAACAACAAAACCUGGCGCCGGGAAAGACGUUAACGGUUUGGUGCAACUUCGUCACCAUGACGUAGUGAAGGCUGCUGAUUGGUGAAACGGCUGGUUGUUGUGCUCAGCUCCGAGCGCCGUCCAUACGCAAGAGAGAGGUCCUGGUUAAAGGCUGUAGAGUGAACGAUUUCCGGGUGUAGGGGGACUGUGAGGGUAGGGAGAGAGAGGCCCUGGAUAUAAGGGUUAGUGAGAGUGAGAGUACAAGCAGAGAGUGUGGAGUGAGUCCUUACAGCAGGAGACUGCUGCAAUAACAGCAGCAACUAUGAAAUUCGUUCGCUUUCUUAUGAAGAACUCGGCCUUGGCCAACGUACCGAAACAUAUCGAUCAUUUUUCCAAAUUCUCGCCAUCCCCGCUCUCCAUUAAGCAGUUUUUGGAUUUUGGCUCAACAAAUGCCUGUGAGAAGACCUCCUUUAUGUUUCUGAGGCAAGAGCUGCCUGUGAGACUCUCUAAUAUUAUGAAGGAAAUCAAUCUUCUCCCAGACCGGCUACUUGGCACACCUUCUGUUCAGUUAGUCCAAAGCUGGUAUGUUCAAAGUCUCUUGGAUAUUCUUGAGUUUUAUGACCAGAACCCUGACGACCUGAGAGUUUUAUCAAGAUUUACAGAUGCUUUAGUCACAAUCCGAAAUAGACAUAAUGAUGUUGUUCCAACAAUGGCACAAGGUGUUAUUGAGUACAAGGAAUCUUACUUGGAAGAUAGCAUUACUAGUCAAAAUGUACAGUACUUUCUGGAUCGAUUUUACAUGAGCCGUAUUUCCAUCAGAAUGCUCAUCAAUCAGCAUACACUAAUUUUUGAUGGUACAACAAACCCAGCUCAUCCCAAGCACAUAGGCAGUAUUGAUCCAGACUGUGAAGUUGUAAAUGUCAUCAGGGAUGCAUACGAAACAGCUAAACUCCUUUGUGACCAAUAUUACAUGGACUCCCCUGCACUGGAAGUGGACCAAUACAACGUGAAUGGUUCAGGACCUGUCCAUAUUGUUUAUGUACCAUCUCAUCUUUACCAUAUGCUGUUUGAACUUUUCAAAAAUGCUAUGAGAGCUACUGUAGAAAGUCAUGAAUCCAGUCCUUGCCUUCCAUCUAUCAAAGUGAAAGUUGCACUGGGUGGUGAAGAUGUCACAAUUAAGAUGAGUGAUAAAGGAGGUGGUGUUUCCCUGAGUAAGAUAGACCGGCUGUUUAGUUACAUGUAUAGCACAGCUCCCACACCACACUUGGAAAGCUCAAGAGGCACACCACUGGCUGGUUUUGGCUAUGGGCUGCCUAUUUCAAGACUUUAUGCCAAGUACUUUCAGGGAGAUCUUCAGCUGUAUUCCAUGGAGGGUUAUGGAACUGAUGCAGUCAUUUACCUAAAGGCUCUAUCAAAAGACUCAGUAGAGAGGCUACCAGUUUAUAACAAAUCUGCUUGGCGACAUUACCAACAUAGUCAUGAGGCUGAUGAUUGGUGUGUACCUAGCAGUGAUCCAAAGAACAUGGCUGCACACAAGAUUCAGCAAUGAUGCACAAGCUCAUCGGUUCACUGGUACAGAAAAGAGUAAAAAUGACUCUAUUUUUUACAAAGUCAGUCAGUCAUGACAUGGAAUUUUUAGACUUUAGAAUGGCUCUUUCGAGCAUUUGAAAACAGAAGCAAUAAUUAAAACGAGGAAUCUUCUCAAAUGAUUAACCUAGAGUUGAUUCUAAAGAAGCUUUUGUCUCGUUUUAUUUUUGCGGAAUUCUGUAUUCCUUUUGAGAGUCGAGAGAUCUUUAUUGAUUCAUUGUGGCAUUGUUUAGAGUUUAAGCUUCAAGUGUCAAAUUACAGAAAAAGCACAUUGGGUAACAUUAAAGAUUCCAGUUUGAGUUCUAAGCUAAGACUAGGUAAAGUUAUCAGAGGUAAAGUAGUUCAGAGAAUUCCGGGUUGCUUCUCACCAGUAAAAACAACUAUGAAAAUUCAAAUAUUGAGCCAUAUAUUACAAAGGAGAAAUAUCCCAAACUUUAAACUUAAAAUGCAGCCAUAUACUAUGCACGUUAUUGAUCUAAAUAAUGACAUAACAAACCAAUAAGCUAAGAUGCAUUUAAAAUACCUUAGUAUAAUUAAGUGAGUUAAAUUUGCUGUUUUUUUUUAAGCGUAUAUGUCUACUUUCUAUGAAUAGGUGAUUCUAAAAUCAUAUGGCCUGUAUCCAUCACUGACUCUUAGACUACUUUUGAGUUCAGUUAGAAUUAAACCUUGAAAUGUAGAAAAUAGUUCCGAAAUUCGGUUUGUCUUGCUACCUUUUGUUAUUUUUUUCUUAAGGCCUUUUAGCUCUGGUUUUUUCCGCCUUCAGGUCCUUUAAUUUCAAGUGUUGACUUUGCAUCAGUGACAUAUUGACCAAACUCUGUGCAUGCAAUCCUUUUCAUGGGGGAAAAAGGAUUUCCUAAGUUAACCUGGCUUCAAUUAUUAGACUAUAUCUUGUUCUGCAUUUUUCUAGUAGAGGGAACAUUCUUUGUUAAUUGCUUCUAUUCACAUUACUACUUUUAUUUCAAGGGGCUCAGCCCCUUCAACCUUAAUAUCUUCCUGGUCAUUCAAUGCUGGAAUUUUUCCAAAGCCAGAAAUCUUAUUCUGUUCGGUUUUGUCUGAUAUUUUGACCAGUACUAUAUAUGAUUGAACAUUUCUUUUUAACAUUCUAAAUUGUUGUGAUGAAGUUCAGUGUCACAACACUUUACAUAAUGAAUUUGGCCAUUUAAGCUAUUUUUGUUUUGACCAUUAGACCCCUAGUCCCCUUCCUUUCUUUUCCUCUUCUUCCUUUGCCUUGCCAAUAUCCCCUCCCCAGGGCUUUGCUGUUUAUAAUCCGACCUAAUGCUUUCUAAAUUUAUUUUUUUUUAAAUUUCAACUGCCCUUCAGCUUUACAACAGUCUGCUCCCUUAAAUUUACACUACCUCUUUGUAUCAACUGUGGAUGCUGUAUCCCAAUUUCUUUUUUUGUUAGUGUACUGUUGGAAUGCUGUUUCUUUUAUCUGUAUAUACAUUGUGUGUAAAUCUGUAUAUGUGCUGAAUGUAAGAAGUGCCAAAGAUGUUUAUUAACAAAAAGUGAAUUGUUAGUUUUUAAAGUUGUUCAUCUGUUGCAAUAAAUGAAUACCUUUUGAAAAAAGGAGCACAACUGUUGUAGAUCCUAAAAUGAUUGAUUGAUUUAAACCUAAAUGUUGUUUUUGAUUUAAAAUAAUUAGUUUUGAGAAGAUUAAAAUACAUCUCAUUUUAGUGUGAAUUUACGUAAUGCAUGACUGCCACCUUUUGGUUGUGUGCAAUUACUAUCUGCUCUGACUUUAUUCUGCACAAUACUAUGGUCAUCAUUGUAUAUUCAUAUUCAUCAGCAUUGUGUGUAUUUGGAAAUACAUCAUAUCAAUAAUUGUUUCAAGGACAAUUUUUCCUCAAACUUCAACUUUCCAAAUUUGGUUAAAUUCAAACUUGCAGAAAGCAUUUAAAUUAAAAUUAAUAACUAUCUGGUCUGGCCAUUAUUUCUGAAAAGUGCAAGCUUUGAAUAGUCGCAAUUACAAUGGUGCGCAGGGAUUAUGGGGGGGAAAGGCACUAGUUAAUAGAACUAGUGCAAGCUUGAAGGGCUGAAUGUGCUGUAACAAGGGUGAUUUAUUUAAGCAAAACUCAAAGGUUUGAGUACACUAUUUAUUGUAGAUGCAACAGAGUUUCUUUUUUAAAAGAAUUAAAUAAUGGCACCAAUUGAUUCAGAUUGGGAUUUCACUAAUGGAAGCUUCACACACUAUUCAUGGGAUGAACAUGUAUACAAAGAGUGGACUACUGUGUUUUGAUGUUUCUAUACUUUUAAUGUGCAGGAAUGAAAACGUACCCAAUGUUGGCUUCUAUAAAUCCUGAAGUAUUAAUGUAAAAAUGAAAAGUAACUGUUGGCAAUUUUAUAAUGUAUCUAAAUGAGUAAGCAAUAAACUGGAUCACUUGAACAAA